GGAGCCCUUCGGGAAGAGCUGGGCUUCAGCCUCUUCGGCCGUGGCAGAAAUCAUCAAUUUCGCAAAACCCAUCGACAACGACCCCUCUUGAAUCCCGAAGUACACCGGCAAUUGCACCUCCCGGCUCACCCUCGACGACAGGCCCACCGACGUUCAGCUUAAAGGCGGCAUCUUUAGGCGGUAUCCACCGGGCAGGUUCGAUUUCAUUAUAUUUCCUCUUCGAAUUUUCCGUUGGGUUCCCCCGGAGACGGGUGCGUUCCGUGAUUUCCAUAUCUCCCACAAGACAAGAGCCAUACUCUCCCAGGUCGGUCGGUUGUCUUUUCGCUCCAUUACUUCCAGAGGCCAUUCUUCGAUUCUUGAAGUUACAGCGGGCAUAAUAGUGGGUGAGUGAUGGCUUGGAAUUCUUCACUGUUUUUGGGUUCUAUUCUACUAUGUAUGGGCUCCAUAAGUGACUGAGCGCAAGGUAGGAGCACCAGGAGGAGACCAAGUCCAUGCGGUGCAUAUUAGAGGAGCACGUCAUGCGUGACGCCAGCAUGUGCAAGGAGUGCUACGAGGAGGCGAGCGAGACCGUGGAAGAGCUCGAGCGAGAGAUCGAGGAUUUGAAGGCCGAGGUCGCCUUCUUGAGAUCAUGCUCGCCGACCGACCACCACCACCACCUCAAUGGUCACUCCCAUGGCCCUGAGUUCACCGAUGUCAUCUUGGUCACCGCUGUGGAUGGUCCCAACAGAGGCCUGUCAAUGCCGGUGCCAGCUCACAAGACCAUUCUGGCUAGCCAGUCCCCAGUAUUUAAAGCAAUGCUCGAGAAUGAGAUGGAAGAAAGCCGAAGCGGCAUUAUUAAUAUAAAUGAUGCAUCAUAUGAUGCCCUCCGAGCAUUUGUCCACUGUCUUUCUGUUGAAGCAUUGCUUGAUGAGCAAAUGGCUUAUGAGCUGUUAGUAUUGGCUGAAAAGUACCAAGUGGAGCACCUCAAAGCUUAUUGUGAGAUGAUCUUGAUAUCCAAAUUAAAUUGGGAUAACUCGAUCAUAAACUAUGCCUUUGCGCACCAGCACAAUGCGAAGCAUCUCCUUGAGGCUGCCUUGUCCUUAAUCAUGGUCAACAUGGAUAAACUAAGAAAACACCCUAAAUAUUCAGAACUCGUUGAAAAGGACGCAAGCCUCGUGAUAGAGAUAUGGGAAGCAUUUUUUUGGAAAGCUCGACAAAUAAAAUCGGUGGGUGAGUUUAUACUUUUUUGUUCCUAACUGCUGGUAUUUUGAGUUUCAGAUAACUUUUUUGCCUGAUUUGUUGAUAGAUUCAGGGAUGCAAUUUGAAGUGUUGUCAGAUUAAAAGUGAGCUUUUAGUUAAGCAAAGUGCGCAUGCAAUGUCACGACAGCCGCUUGGUCUUACUCAAUAAAUGCUUGACGGAUGUAAUAAUGGCUUUUAUGGGUUCUAAUAUGCUUUCUCUUUUAUAAGAAUGUACUAACUAUGCUGAAAUUGGUCAUGAUAUUCAUCUAUAUUGUGA